GCAGGCUCAUGACACAGGGCAUGGACGUGUCGGGGCUCUUCACGGAGAUGGUGAAGGCAAGCGCGGUGGCCGACGUGGUGCAGAAGAAGCUCGUGUACCUGUACAUGUGCAGCUAUGCGCCGCGGCAGCCCCACCUCGCUCUACUUGCCAUCAACACGCUCUGCAAGGACUGCGCAGACCCCAACCCCAUGGUGCGCGGGCUCGCCCUGCGCAGCAUGUGCAACCUCAGGUUGCCUGGCAUACAGGAGUACAUCCAACAGCCUAUCCUAAAUGGCUUGCGAGACAAAGCCUCCUAUGUGAGGAGAGCAGCAGUUCUGGGCUGUGCGAAGAUGCAGAAACUCCAAGGGGACUCUGAAGUGGAUGGUGCGUUGGUGAAUGAGUUAUAUAGUUUGCUUCGUGACCAGGAUCCGAUUGUAGUAGUGAAUUGUCUGAGGGCUUUAGAAGAGAUUUUGAAGAAGGAGGGAGGAGUUGUCAUCAACAAGCCUAUCGCCCAUCAUCUCCUCAACAGAAUGCCUGACCUAGAUCAAUGGGGACAGAGUGAGGUACUUGCCUUCCUUCUGCGCUACAGGCCCCGCAGUGAGGAGGAACUUUUUGACAUACUUAAUUUGCUAGAUGGAUACCUCAAAAGCAGCAGCAUCAGUGUUGUGAUGGCAGCCACCAAGCUUUUCCUAGUGAUGGCCAAGGAGUACCCACAUGUGCAGGCAGAUGUUCUGGUGAGAGCGAAAGGACCACUGCUGUCUGCCUGCACUUCUGAGAGCAGGGAACUCUGCUUCACCGCUCUGUGCCAUGUGCGCCAGAUCCUUGGUAGCUUUCCUGGCCACUUUAGCAGCCAUUACAAGAAGUUCUUCUGCUCGUAUUCAGAGCCUCACUACAUCAAAUGCCAGAAGAUGGAAAUAUUGUGUGAGCUGGUGAAUGAUGAAAAUGUGCAACAAGUGCUGGAGGAGCUGAAGGACUAUUGCACCGAUGUAUCCAUAGAGCUUGCCCAAAGGGCCAUCUUUGCCAUAGGCAGUAUUGCGAGGACAUACACAGAACAGUGUGUGGGGAUUUUGACAGAGCUUUUGGGACUUCAACAGGAGCAUAUAACUUCAGCUGUAGUGCAGACUUUUCGGGACCUGGUUUGGCUGCGUCCCCAGUGCACAGAUGCUGUGUGUCAGGCACUGCCAAGCUGCGAGGAGACCAUCCAGGACAGCGAGGGCAAACAAGCAUUGAUCUGGCUCUUGGGGACACAUGGUGAGAAAGUACAAAAUGCCCCCUAUGUUUUAGAGGACUUCGUGGAGAAUGUGAAAUCAGAGAUGUCUCCAGCAGUGAAGAUGGAGCUUCUGACAGCAUUAGUGCAACUUUUCCUGACUCGUCCUGCUGAGUGUCAGGACAUGCUAGGGAGACUACUCUACUAUUGUAUAGAGGAAGAGGUAGACAUGGCAGUACGUGACCGUGGGUUGUUCUACUAUCGCCUCUUGCAAUCUGGUGUGGAGGAAGUGAAAAGGAUCCUCUGCAGCCCGAAGUCUGAUCCCUCUCUAGGACUCCUGGAAGAUCCAGCUGAACGACCUGUCAAUACGUGGGCUUCAGAAUUUAAUACCCUCACAUCUGUUUAUGACAGAGCAUCCUGGGCACUUGUCACUGCUCAGCAGCCAGUGGAAUCCUCCUAUGUUUGUUCUCCUUUUACUGACCCCAAGGACAGGACAGAGUCACUAAUUUCUGACGAGCAUAAAGAAGUCCUCCAGGUUCAUCCUGAUGCAAGCAGCCUGGCCUUAGUUCCUGACCCAUAUCUGACUGCAGAACAAUUUGAGAAGACCUGGCUGAAUCUGGACAUUAGCUGCCACCACUCUCUGCCCUGGUGUGGACCGGCUCACUCGGAUACCAUACAGACUGCUCUUCAUGUUGUCCACAUCCAAACUAUUGCUAUGAGCAAAGCUGGUGUCCAGCCAUGGAAAGCUUAUCUCAGUGCUCAGGAUGACACAGGUUGCCUCUUCCUAACAGAGCUAUUGCUUGAGACAGAGGAUUCAGAGAUGCAGGUUUCAGUGAAGCAGAGUGAGGCAAAGCCUGAGGCACUAAAUACCUUUAUUUCCCUUUUAGGGACUGUAAUGGGGACAGUUGCUGGGCUGAAAUCCUGAUUGACCCCUGCUCCCAGUAGAAUGCUUACUCAGGUCAC